AUGAUUGUAGCAGGAGAGAGACAUUACUAUUAUGGAUCUUCUGGGGAGCCUCAACAACAUCCUGAUGCUGACGAGGCAGAGAAGAGUCUCUCCAGAUCAGAACACCAGAUGGACAACGAUAGCCUGCCCCCCUCCUCCCUCCCGGAGUCACCGUGUCGUGCCUCUCCCAGUAGCACCUUACUGCUGGGUAUGAAGAGGUUGUCUGUGCUGCUGGUGGACUGCAGGAAAACAACGGGGCUGAGUGGAACUGUGAGAGGAGGAGAAGAGAUGAACGGAUCAGAUUUGACUCAUCAAAGAGGAAAACCAAACUUGGAGGAACCAGAGACGUCCAAACCAGCAAGACUCUGCUCCCAGAUUGGAAAGAGUUUUGCCAAGUUAGGAAGCCUGAAAAGACAUGAGAAGAGUCUCACAGGGGAAAAGCCUUACCACUGCUCCCAGUGUGGAAAGUGUUUUAACAGGUUAGGAGGCCUGAAAGCUCAUGGCCGAAUACACACAGGGGAGAAGCCUUACCACUGCUCCCAUUGUGGAAAAGGUUUUAGACAGCAAGGAAGCCUGACAGUUCAUGGCCGAAUACACACAGGGGAGAAGCCUUACCACUGCUCCCAUUGUGGAAAGAGUUUUAACAGGAUAAGAGGCCUAAUAACUCAUGAGCGAAUACACACAGGGGAGAAGCCAUACCGUUGCGCCCAGUGUGGAAAGAGUUUUGGCUCGUUAGGAAACCUGCAAUCUCAUGCACGAUUACACACAGGGGAGAAGCCAUACCAUUGCACCCAUUGUGGAAAGAGUUUUCGCAUGUUAGUAAACCUGCAGUCUCAUCUGCGAAUACACACUGGGGAGAAGCCAUACCGUUGCGCCCAGUGUGGAAAGAGUUUUAGACAGCAAGGAAGCCUGAAAGCUCAUGGCCGAAUACACACAGGGGAGAAGCCUUACCACUGCUCCCAUUGUGGAAAAGGUUUUAGACAGCAAGGAAGCCUGAAAGUUCAUGGCCGAAUACACACAGGGGAGAAGCCUUACCACUGCUCCCAUUGUGGAAAGAGUUUUAACAGGUUAGGAGGCCUAAUAACUCAUGAGCGAAUACACACUGGGGAGAAGCCAUACCGUUGCGCCCAGUGUGGAAAGAGUUUUAGCAUGUUAGGAAACAUGAAAAGACAUGUGGACACACACCGAAGUCUUUCCAUUGCUCCCUGUGUGGAAAGACAACACCUCUGCUCCCAGUGUGGAAAGAGUUUUAACCAGAAAGAGCACCUGAAAAAACAUGAGAGAAUACACACAGGGGAGAAGCCUUACCACUGCUCCCAGUGUGGAAAGAGUUUUACCCAGAAAAGCAACCUGAAAAAACAUGAGAGCAUACACACAGGGGAGAAGCCUUUCCAAUGCUCCCAGUGUGGAAAGAGUUCUGCUCACUUAUGUAAACUGAAAACACAUCAGAGAAUACACACGGGGGAGAAGCCUUACCACUGUUCCCAGUGUGGAAAGAGUUUUGCCCACUUAUGUAACCUGAAAUCGCAUGAGAGAUUACACACAGGUGAGAAGCCUUACCCCUGCUCCCAGUGUGGAAAGCGUUUUACCCACUCAUGUAACCUGAAAACACAUGAGAUAUUACACACAGGGGAGAAGCCGUACCCCUGCUCCCAGUGUGGAAAGAGUUUUGCCCACUUAUGUAAACUGAAAAUACAUCAAAGAAUACACACAGGCGAGAAGCCUUACCACUGCUCCCAGUGUGGAAGGAGUUUUACCCACUUAUGUAACCUGAAAAGACAUGAAAGAUUACACACAGUCUGAACAGUAGAACAUAGGAUAGAUGUAGGCUGAACAUUUUUAGAGUAAAAAGUCUUUGGUCCUAGGGGGAAGAUCAGCUUUAAUAUUGAACUUAGGUUGUAGCUUCCAUCAAUGUAAUUG